CCAUCAUCGGACUUUGCCCAGAUGAUGAGAGCAGAAAAAAUUGCAGCGCAAGCGAAAGAGAUACUGCCUUCGGUAAUGCUCCAGUACCCGACCGACACACGGCAGGCCCGGAUGCAUCAGAGAACCAUGCAAGACGCUCGCCGAAGGCACGGCGGGUCUGUGCACAAUGUUUCAUCAGGGCGACCUUACUUCCCAAUUCUGGCACAAAGGCAUCGCGCAGGUAUAUAGAGAGCCGCAGGCGGGCGUCUCACUAAUACCAGAACUCCCCCUCUAUCUCUCUCCUUUCUUUCUUCUUGACAACUAUCCUCCUUCCUGCCUUCUCACGUCUCUGCACAACAUGACCAAAACCAAUGCAAGUCUUAGAGAGAAGGCCAUCCCUCCCUUGCGAGAGACUGCCCAAUCAGGGUCGGACAGCUCGCGUCUCGCCCGAGGUGGCUCACGCAGACCUUCAGCCGACUUACGAGGAAUAGCAGUCGACUCGCGCGGGCCGCGGGUCGUCCCAUGCAAUCCACAAGAGGCCCCUCUCGACUCGCGCAGGACGCCAGUCAACGCACGUCCCAUCCGGCCAAUUCCGCGCCGAAUGUCGCAACCGGACACAGCUGGACUCCCUCGAGAGCUCGCCGGACGGCUCUCCCCUCUUUCUCCCUGGGCACCUCCGCCUCCUUCCGGUGCACCACCACCUCCUCCGGAUGCUCCUCCUCGUUCGAAUAGUGCGCGUACCCCUCUGCCUAGAUCAUCUCUCCCUCCCUUCGGACCACCUAUUCCCCCGCUCGGACCGCCGCCCCCUCUACCGAGAGCGCUGCAGUCUCACGAACCGCCUCCCCCUCCUCCUUACUCUGAUCGAGCGUCGUAUCACGGUCGGAAAAGGAUCCCGCCCGGAUUCAACGUAGGGCCUGACCAACCCUUUCGAUAUAACAUGCCCAUCCGACAUGCGCCGCAGAUGGCGCCGGGCCCGCGUCAGCCUCCAGCCCUUCCUCGACAGCCGUCAGCUCCUCCACAACGAGGAUCGCUGAAAUCCCGUCGUCGUGGCUCUCUCACGAUUCCGCGCCGUGGUUCUCGCGACGCCCCGCAUCGCGGUUCAGUUCCCUCCCAGGGUCGCGGCUCGCUAGUCUCCGCCCGUCCUGGUCCGACGGUUCCUCGCGACCAAACACCCCUUCUCGACGAGACGAUUGCUUUCCCGUUGGCAGCGUCCUCCAGCUUGGUGCUCAUGCCUGGUUCGGAGCCGUCUCGCGCGCCGCCCGCCUUCGAAGACAGUACGACGGAGUUCGCCAGGGCGGAUCGGCUCGCCGCCUUCGAGCAGAACCCGUUCGAUUUCUACGAAGUCGGGGCAUACCUAGCCCGAAACGCGCCAAGACGAGGGGAGGCCAACGGGUACGACGAGUCCACCGGAAGGCGUAGCGGUGCGCAAGUCGAGGGACCGUCGGUCGAAUCCUACGAUGCGACAGUGAAGCGCGAGCCCGAGGAAGGGUCGAUUCUGAAUGCGUGGCGGGAGGAGCCGGGGUACGAUGCAGGUGAGAUGGAGGGGCAGGAAGAUCUGGCCGUGGGGGAGGAAGGCGAGGAUAUCCUGAAAGAACACUCGCAGAAUGAGGGCGAGCUUCCGUCCUCCGUGCCCAUAUGGGAGGACGAGCUCGACUACGCUGAGUCGGACUAACCAUUGACUACUCCUUCCUUUGCGAUUUUCUUCGCAUCCACGAUCCUUCCAUUGCCUUAUGACUUCAUGACACCGACGACACGAGUUGCGACCUUAGGCACAUCUCACAGUUUUUUAACUUACUUUCCUAUAAUACGAUAUAUGUCUUCUUAAUACACUUAGGUGCUCACUUUCUCUCUCUUUUCCGAAGAAUAGGCAGAUCAUCCUUUCCGUACAAUGUGCACCAAAAAUCCAAACGAGGAAGAUCCCGCG